AUGAUGAUCCACCGCCGUCGUUGGAAGUCAGGUUCCUUUUCAACAUUGCAGUCGUUACGAGCAGGAGGAGGACGAAAAACGUUGCCAACAGUGUCUUCUGUUGCUGAUGAUGGUGAUUGUCGUGAUGAUGAUAGUGAUGAUGAUGAUGAUGAUGAUAGUGAUAGUGAAACAGUCUUGCUGCCAGGUUCUGCAACGAUAACUGGCCAGCAAUCCAAGCGAUCAUCCGUCUUUUGGCUUAUUCUCACUGUCAUAAUAACUGGUGCUGGUGUCGUUCUUACACUAGAAAUUAUAAGAACUCUUUCGCAACAACCCGAACGUUUCGGUGACACCAAUAACAACAAUAAUAGGGCUGCCAUAUGUGCGAUUCAAAAGGGAGCUGUGAGAUAUCUCGACGAGUGGGUCCAAUACCAUCUAUUAGCUGUGGGUUUUGAAGAUAUCUAUUUGUAUGACAAUUCUGACGACUUUGAAAUACAAGCUUGGUACCACCAGUCUUUGGAUGAUACUAGUACGACUGUUAGUACUGCUAGUAGUAGUGACCGAAGCAAUAAGUUGAAACAGAUCAUUCACAUUCGGCAUUUUCCGGGGACGGCACGACAAAACGAAGCAUAUACGCACUGUAUCAAACAAAUUCAAAAGGCUCGCUCUCAUCAAUGGAUUGCCUUUAUCGAUAUUGAUGAAUUUGUAGUAUUGCGAGACACCCAACAGUAUCCUACUAUUUCGGAUUUUCUAGAGAGUCUACCGCCCGAGUAUGGCGGAUUAGCAAUGAACUGGGUGUCGUUCUAUUGGAACCAUCAAAUGCACUAUCAAGACUUGCCAGUCACAAUGAGAUUCCAGAAUCGAUCGGACCACGCGACCAACCGACACAUCAAGACCAUUGCUCGGACCCAUCUUGUGCGCAAGGUAUCAAACCCACACUUUGUGGACUACCUACUACUCUUUCGUUGGUGGAUCCAUACGUACGAUACAAACGGCAAUAUUGUGGAGGGACCCUUCAACUAUGAACUAGUCGAUGAUCAGAUUGUAGUCUAUCACUAUCAGUGCAAAUCCUUGGAAGAAUACAAGGAACGGUGUUCAAGAGGACGAGCAACAACGUCCAAGGAAGAAUGGAGUAGUCAACUGGCUUGCCAAUCGGAUGAGCACAUCAUGAGGAAGAUUGGGAAAUUUCCCGAAUCAAUCAAGGACGACGCCCCUUGGCAAUUGUUGAUGGAGAAGGUUCCAGGCUACGCUAACAAGUACACCAAUAGUACAUAG